UUUUGCGGUUGCAAAACCAUGGCUUGCAAAGUCAUCAUCGCUGCAGCUGCAGCUGCUCUAAUGCUGUCGUUCCUUUUGCCGUCAGAGGUUGUUGGACGUGAGCACAUAGGCAACUGCCCGUUUUGGCGCAGCCAAGUUCCAGAAUGCCGCACACGCAUGUCUUGCAUAAAGCGGUGCCAAGACGAGGGCUACAAGGGCGGAUUCUGCGACGGCAACAAGAUUUGCAUGUGCUCGCAGUGCUCGGACUCGACAGACGAUCCAGAGAUCGUCGCCGCUUCUGACAGCGCCGAAGCAAACCGGUGCAUGGGCAUGAUCAUAGCGUAGCAAUAUGUAAAUGUGAUGUGCUACAAAGUACCAAGAAAGGAUUUUGUGCGGUUCACUUUUUAUUGGGUAAUAAAUGGUGGGUGGUUCUGCGAUUGCAAUGACUAAGAAUAAACUUUCAAACUUCCUCACGCUGAGUCAUAUAUAUUGCAAGAAUUAAGCUUUUGUACUUGGACUCAGUGUAUCAUACUUUGGGUGAAGAAACACGGCUGAUAGUCCAAGCAUGGUUCUGCACUAAAAA